CCAUCAACCACCAGAUCAUGGCACAGCACCAAUUGAAUGGGCGAUGGCCUGGGCAACACCUCAUGACAUGCCUCCUUGUAGUUGAUAGUUCAACUUCCAUAAGCUCAAAUACCAGCUUCAGUGUAGUUGGGUUGUCACUCAUGGAAUUUCAUGGGGGAUUGAUUUUACAUUCCCUCUCUCUUUCUGGCAUUUCUUAUAUUUCACGCCUUCUUCUUUUUAUUGUUUUUUUAAUAAUUAUAUCUACAGCUGCUUCACCAUCCCCUCUUCUCAGACCCAGCAUCACCAGUCAAGAACAUGCGUUACUGUUUCUUCUUCUCUGUUUUACAUUGGUCUCUACACUAAAACAUCAAUACCCUGAGCUUACAAAAUGGGUUCAGGAGACUGUUUUAGGUCGUUAAUUAGCCUGAGGAAAACCAAGGUAGAUAGGUCCAAAAAGGUGAAGGUGCACUCAGCUAAUGAAAAAACAAAUGGGUCUGACUCUGAGGGAACUUCCAACUCUCAUAGAGAGUCAAAUAGUCCUGCUCCUGCCAAUGAUAGGCCAGAGAGAAGCGAUGGUGUUCCUGGAAUUUCAGCUGAACAAAGGGCAGCUAUCCGGAUUCAAACUGCGUUUCGAGCAUAUAUGGCAAAAAAGACUAUGCGCCGUCUGAAAGGAGUAGUGAGAUUUAAUGUAUUGAUUCAUUGCAAUGAUACUCAAAAGCAAGCUUCAAGCACAUUGAGCUAUAUACAUUCUUGGAGCAAUAUACAGGCUCAGAUUAGAGCUCGCCGCCACCAUAUGGUCACAGAAGGCAGGAUUAAGCAAAAGAAAUUAGAAAAUCAGCUAAAACUUGAGGCCAAGCUGCAUGAUCUGGAGGUGGAAUGGUGUGGCAGCUCUGAUACCAUGGAAGAAAUCCUUUUCAGGAUCCAACAGAGAGAAGAAGCAGCAGUUAAGCGUGAGCGAGCAAUGGCAUAUGCCUUCUCUCAUCAGUGGAGAGCCAAUCCUACCCAGUAUCUAGGCCAGGCAUAUUACAGCAUUGGCAAGGAAAACUGGGGUUGGAGCUGGAAGGAGCGCUGGAUUGCUGCUCGUCCAUGGGAGAUUCGGGUUCAUUCUCAGCUUAGUAACCCAAAGAAAGGCCAGAUCUUGCAAGUUAGCAAAUCAGAGAUGAAAAUAACACAAUCAAUCAAACCUGCUUUGUCAAAUGGGAAAGCAAGUACCAAAGCUCAAAAGCUGUCUAACACAGCAACUGUUGAUAAUCAAGCCGUCCGAGAAGCCAAUGCUACAGUUGGUAGCUCAUCUGGUUCAUUGAUUCCAAGCUGAAAGAUCAUAGCUUAGCAGAUUUCCAUGAACUCAUAAGACUGUUUUAUCUUGUGUUGUCCCUUUGAGGUUGGUGUGAACUUGGCUUGCUGUGUGUAAAAUAAGGCAAGAGACCCUUUAACUUGUAGCUUGAUAUGGCUAUUAUUUACUUUGCAAAAUUUUUCCUGUUUUUUCAAAUUCAGAACUGUAGAGUUUUAAGAAGAAUAGAUUUUAAAUGGAUAUUAGAGGUUUGAGCUUUGUUUUA